AUGACGCUCAACGAUGGCCCGCCCUUCGGCCCUGUGGUCAACGGGACCAUGGUGGUGGUCUUUUGGGAAUACCGACCCAGCAACGUUGCCGCGUACCUCUUUCUCGCCUUGUUCGCCUUGGCCACCCUCGCGCACCUCGUCUACUUUGUCUGGCUCCGGGCGUGGGGAUGCAUUCCCCUCAUCCUCGGUGGCAUCUGCCUCGUCUUCGGCUACCUCGAACGCAGUUACGCCCACUCCGACCCCACAAAGCUCGACCCCUGGCUGCUGCAGAACAUGCUCCUCCUCGUCGCCCCUCCCCUCCUCGCCGCCUCCCUAUACAUGUCCUACGGCCGCAUCUCCACGGCGCUCCUCGAGGGCACCUCCAAACCCAACCACGGGCGCCGUAACAACCGCGGCUGCUGCGCCCGAUGCUGUUACUCCUGGUACCGCCCCAUCAUCAUCUAUUUCCCCGACCCCCCGUCACUAACCGCCCAUUGCCAACCAACCAACAGCUUCUGCACCUGCUCCCCGACGCGGCUCUACGUCCUCGCCGACGUGGCCGCAAUCUUCACCCAGCUCAUCGGCACCGUCCUCCCCGCAAGCGGCACCGAGUCGGCGCAACGCCUGAGCAAGAUCAUUGUCCUAAUCGGCCUGUGCGUCCAGCUCCUCGCGCUGGGUAUCUUCCUCUUCACCUGCGGGCGCCUACACGUGCGCCUGCACCGCAACCCGACCAGGUCACGGGCAAUGCUGAUGGACCCUGGGGUGAGAUGGCUGUGGUAUUUUGGUGUGAUGGAGGUGGCGGGGGCCAUGUUGAUUGUCAGGAGUGUGGUGCGCGGGGCCGAGUAUUGGGGGGGAACGGACGGGGUGGUGGCAAGUCAUGAGUGGUUUGUCUAUGUGUUUGAUGGGGUGCCGAUGGGGGUGGUGAUGGCGGGGUUUUUGGUCUUGUAUCCGGAGAGGGUGGUGAGGGAGGUGAAGCGGCAGGAGGGAAUUUUGAAGGGGGCGGGCAUGGGAGAGGAGUUGAGAGGCGGGGUGAAGGGGGAGUCGUAUCCUGGGGGCGAUGUUUACGUUGGGGGUAGGUGUCACUAG